AUGGUGCCACACUCGGGAUUAUAUGUGUCCGAUAUCAUCACUGUUCAAACCAAAGCCUACUCAGGUCAGAAACCAGGUACCUCCGGUCUUCGUAAGAAGGUCAAGGUGUUCCAGCAAGAACACUACACCGAGAAUUUCAUUCAAGCUACCUUGAGUGCUAUUCCCGGUGGACCAGAGGGUAAGACUCUUGUCGUUGGUGGUGAUGGACGAUACUUUUCCCCCGAAGCCGUCCAAAUCAUCCUCAGAAUCGGAGCUGCCAACGGUAUCAAGCAUAUCAUCCUUGGUCAAAAUGCCAUUCUCUCUACCCCAGCUGUGUCAGCUUUGAUCCGAUCAUUGAAGACUGACGGUGGUAUCCUCUUGACCGCCUCUCACAACCCUGGUGGUCCAGACAACGAUUUCGGUAUCAAGUUCAACAUCUCCAAUGGUGGUCCAGCUCCCGAGGAAGUCACCAAUGCCAUCCACAAGAUCACUGAGACCAUCAAGGAAUACAAACAAAUCAACCUUCCCGAUCUUGAUCUCUCCAAGACUGGUGAAUUCACUCACGGACCUAUCAAAGUUACCAUUGUUGACCCCGUCUCCAACUACAUCAAGCUCCUCAAGGAUAUCUUCGAUUUCGACCUGAUCAAAAACUGGUUACACACCACGUCACCUAAACCUACCGUCCUCUUCGACGCUUUGAAUGGUGUGACCGGUCCAUACGGACGAGCUAUCUUCGUAGAUGAAUUGGGUCUUGACGAAAGCUCCAUUCAGAACUGUGUGCCCAAGCCUGAUUUCGGUGGAUCACACCCUGAUCCCAACUUGACCUACGCUCAUGAAUUGGUUGAGAGAGUAGAGAAAGAGAAUAUCGAAUUUGGAGCAGCAUCAGAUGGAGAUGGCGAUAGGAAUAUGAUCUAUGGAAAGGGAGCUUUCGUCACUCCCUCUGAUUCAGUUGCCAUCAUUGCCGACUGGGCUGAGAAGGCUAUCCCAUACUUCAAAUCUGGUAUCAAAGGUCUAGCUAGAUCCAUGCCUACCUCCGGUGCUAUCGAUAUCGUAGCCAAGGACAAGGGAUUGGAAGUGUUCGAAGUUCCUACUGGAUGGAAAUUCUUCGGUAAUCUCAUGGAUGCCGGUCGAUUGUCUAUCUGUGGUGAAGAAUCUUUCGGUACUGGUUCUGAUCACAUCAGAGAGAAGGAUGGUGUCUGGGCUAUCGUUGCUUGGCUCUCUAUUCUCGCUGCUGCCAACAAGGAGAAGCCUGGGUCAGGUAUCAACGAUGUGUUGUUACAACACUGGAAGAAAUACGGACGAAGCUUCUUCUCCAGAUACGACUACGAAGAAUGCGAAUCUGAAGGUGCCGAAGCCAUGAUGGACCACCUCCGAAAACUCUUCGCUUCGUCCGAUUUCGUUGGCCAAUCACUCAAAGCGACUUCUUCGGAUACCUCUUUCAAGGUCAAAGAAGCUGAUGAUUUCUCUUACACCGACCCUAUCGAUGGAUCUGUCUCGAAGAAACAGGGAUUGUACAUCAAGUUUGAAGAUGGAUCUAGGAUCAUCUUCAGAUUGUCUGGUACUGGAUCUUCAGGAGCUACUGUCCGAUUAUACGUCGAGAAGUACUCCAAGAACGAGAGUGAAUACGGAUUAGACGCUCAAGAUGGCUUGAAACCUUUGAUUGAGGUCGCUUUGGCUACUAGUAAAUUGAAGGAGUUCACCAAGAGGGAGAAACCCGAUGUUAUCACUUAA